CUCGCAGAGGCGCGCAACUUGAUUCAGGAAGUACAAAUUUCAUUUUCGUGCCGUGCUCGCUCUGGCAGCAAAGGUUUUCAGAAAUCCAGAAAACAAGAAGGGGUUGCUUGGUUAAAAAGCAACUCAACCCAGGUGAAAAUGUCUGCCGGCCCCGAGUCAACUGCGCUGUCGUCGCUUGGAAAAGGUGACAGUCUGCAUCAACAGGUUCUCGCCUCCUUCCCUCUGUGUGACAUGACCGAGGAAGACCUGACCCGGAACCCCCAGUUCUGCAAACUACUGGCCACUCUGGCUCAACACGUGGACCAGACUGGACUCACUGUGUCGCUGAAGUCCGAGAUGGACAAGGCUGAGAAGAAGCUGCAGAGCCAGAGGUGUUACUGGCUGCGCUCCGAGAGCCUCCACAGAGGGCUGCAGGAGAUGAUCCAGGACUUCUGUGUGAGGAGGCACCACAUCACUGUACCCCCUGACCAGAACAUGUUCCAUGAGACACUGGAGAAGUGCCUGCUGGUGGCUCAGUGUGUCAGACAGCUGGAUCCCAGUACCACCACCAACCAGGACCAGCCCUCUGUUCUAGGCCUGAACGCCCAGCAGGUGAUGGAGCUCAUGCCGUCGGAGAAGAAUGUACAGAGAAUGAAACAGAGUCUACCCCGAGAGCUGGAGAAACAUCUCAAGAAAAAGUCCCUGAACCUUCUCUCUUACUAUCAACCUGAAUGGGAGAAUGAGAGUGAGGGUCUGAAGAACAGCAAGCUGUCUCAUCUGUCAGUGCAGCUGAACAAGGAGAAGAAAAGAGCAGAGAGUCUGAAGGAGACCUGCAGGGAAAACUCAGUGCUCCUGCAGAGACAGACUCAACUCUACCUCUCUGAGCUGAUUAAGUGUGUUCAGCUUCUCCAGUCCCUCGUCCUGGACCACAGGCUGAAGACCCAGACAGAGUUGGAGAGUAAGAAGUUGGGCUACUUCGAAGGGAAAUGUGAAUUAGUCCUACAGAAGAUAAAGGUGGAGAUGGUAGAAAUCCAGUUGGACACCUACACCGCCGACGCAAUAUCUGCUCAUAGAAAGAUAAGAGACAAUUUGGAGUCCGAGCUGAAGGCCUGUAAGGUGGAGAAACAGUCGGUGGAGUUAAAACUGGCCUCCUUUGAGAUCUUGGGCAAGGAGUUUGAGGCCCUGGCUGAGGAGUACUGCAGAUUACGGCAGGAGUUAGAAAUGAAACACUGGGCUCUGAAGGAGUUCACCCAGUAUAACGACAAGUGAAGAUCUUAUCUGUUACUGGGAAAAAAGCCAUCCAUUCCCCCUAUUUUACCGUGUGUCCUUACUCACACUCACACGCUGGCUUUUGGACGCUUGACUCAGAGACCGUGCGGAUUGUUUGCCUAUAGUAACUGUGUAGCCUGUACAGGAGUGAAUGCGCUAACUGAGAGCUCCUCGCUGAAAACUGUUGUUAAAUUUGCCUCAAUAAAUUACAUGUUACACUCAGCUCAAA